AUGCAUCCUGCAGCCUUCCUUGCAUGCCUAGCCGGCCUCGCCAUCGCUGCCCCAGUGGGAAAAAGCAUGCCCAACCCAACGAAGGGCGAGACAACACAGCCCAUAGUGCAAGACUAUGCAAGCUACGGCGAAUACUACACAAAAUACGGCGACUAUCCUUCCGUCGCCGAGGCCCAGUCAGCCACCACGGCUCUCUCCAAGCGCGGAUACUCUUGCUACACCUCCUACACGCCCUACCCCGAAGCCCCCAAUGCCGCGGCCCCGGAAUCCAGCAUGCCAGAGAAACGAGGCUACGGUACAUAUGCGCCGUACUGCGUUUACGGCGCAGCAGCCGAGGCUGAAGCCGCAAAGAUGCAAGCUGCGAAUGUGGAAGACGCGAAUAUGAGCAAGCGCCACAUGGGCAUAGCUGUGCCGGAAGACGUGGCCGUGGAUGCGGGGGUGAUGGAGAAGCAGGAUAUGGCUGGUUCUAUGGGAGACGCAGCGAUUGAGCAUGGGGCUGCUAAGGUGACUUAUCAGACCUAUAGUCCAUACAGCGCAUACGCAAAUUAUCCCGGUGGAGCCAUGGAAUAA